AUGGAACAUGAUGAAGGCUUCCACAUAUUUUCAAGUCAGCUGUUUGGACAAUUUGUUUGUCUAUCUUCUUCAUUCAAACAGAUCCUCACCAAUAUCUUCAAAAACUACGCCUCCAUGGACCAACACAUUGGUGUCUUGGCCUUCCCCUUCACCUCCCAUCCUCAAACCCUGCUCGGACUUGUCCGCAGGCUCGCAUUUGCAGCGCCCCACACAAAGUUCUCCUUCUUCAGUACCGCAAACUCCAAUGCCUUCCUCUUCUCCACCCAAAGCGCCGAUGGCCUUAAUAAUGUUAAACCCUACGACGUGGCGGAUGGGGUGCCGGAGGGCCAUGUGCUUUCCGGGAACCCUGAAGAGGUUGUUGGGUUUUUCUUGAAGGGGGCGGUUGGGAACUUUAGGCAGGCUAUGGAAGUGGCGGUGGCGGAUACCGCGAGGAAGAUUAGCUGCUUGGUCACCGAUGCGUUUUUAUGGUUUGGUGCGGAUAUGGCCGAGGAAAUGGGGGUUCCAUGGGUGCCGUUUUGGAUAGCUGGCCUUUCUGCUCUCUCUGUCCACUUUCAUACUGAUGCCAUAAGGCAAAAAAUAGGACUUAAUGGGCAUGAAGAACAAACCCUUGACUUCAUUCCAGGAUUGUCAGCAAUGCGGGUUAGAGACUUACCUGAAGGAAUAGUUUCCGGGGACCUAGAUUCUGCCCCCUCACGCAUGCUGCAUAAAAUGGGGCUCUUGCUGCCACGAGCAACUGCAGUUAUCGCAAACUCCGUUGAAGAGCUAAACCCCAUAGUUGCAACCGAUCUCAUGUCCAAGCUCCCAAAGCUUCUAUGCUUGGCUCCUCCUACCCCAUCAUCACAACCAGCAUCCAAUCCCGAUACGAGCAGCUGCCUCUCAUGGUUGGACAAGCAGAAAGCAAAGACAGUAGCAUAUAUCAGCUUUGGAAGCAUAUUAUCCCCAUCCCCAGAUGAGUUAGUAGCACUAACAGAAGCCCUAGAAGCAACUGGGGUGCCAUUCCUUUGGUCAAUUAAAGACAACGCAAAGAAAAAUUUGCCAAAAGGGUUUCUAGAGAUGACAAGCGGAAAGGGAAAAGUAGUUCCCUGGGCUCCUCAGAUGCAAGUUCUGAAACACCCUUCAGUUGGAGUGCAUGUGACGCAUAGUGGUUGGAACUCAGUUAUGGAGAGCAUUGCAGGCGAGGUGCCCAUGAUCUGCAGGCCAUUCUUUGCGGAUAAUAGUCUCAACUGUCGAGCAGUGGAGGAUGUAUGGGGGAUUGGUGUGGGAAUUGAGGGCGGAGUCUUCACAAAAAGUGGAUUAGUGAGUGCCCUGGAACAAGUUUUGUUAGGCGAAGGAAAGAAAAUGAGAGAAAAAAUUGGAGUACUCAAAGAGCUUUGUAGGAAGGCUGAUGAACCAAAUGGGAGUUCAUCUCAAAAUUUCAAUACUUUGCUAGAGCUUGUCACAAAAUUUCAGAUGGAUUCAUCUGCCAACUAGUAGUUCAAAUAAUAUUUUGGUGUUUCAAUCAAGUACUGACCAUGGAAUAAGAUGAUGAGAAUUCAUAA